AUGAAUGCAGAUCCCAGAUAUUUCGGGAUGUUUACACUGACGGAAAAAUUGCGUGACGGGUUUCAGACUACGGAGUUGGAGAAGCGGUUCAAGUCACAAAAAUACCUGAAUGCCCAGGAGAGAGAAACCCUCGCCAAGGCUGUGAACCUGACGCCCACGCAAGUAAAAAUCUGGUUCCAGAAUCAUCGCUACAAGAAAAAGCGCAUCAACGAACCGGGUCAUGUUAAGAAAGAAACAGAAUAUUUCCAGGACUCAUCCAACGUGAAUACCAACCAGCAACUCCGGCGAUUGCCAUUGCUCGCCCAAGAUCGCCCCAUAGCCUUAUACCAAGUCUCGUCACUUCCGAGCCCGAUGGACUUCGGGCCUCUCGCUCAGCUGGGAUCCGCGGGCAUGCAGCCCGCCCUACCCAUCCCAGGCAGCCCUCUCGCGGCACCCGGCCACCAGACCGCCAGAUGGUGAUCCCUGCAAGGCAAUCAUUUUGUUUUUUUGUGAUAUCACGCCUAGUAAACCCCCAUUCACUACUCAACUACUGAGCCCUUUUUUCUCUUGUCCCAUGAACCUUUUUUUUUUCGAUCGCAGCAGUGUUUCGCCACCCGCGUCGUCUCACGUAGUGGAGCAAUAAAAUUUGUCAAUUAGAUUUGGUAAUUAAACUACCG